CCUUUGACACUCUUCUCAACACCUCUCUCUCUCUCUCUCUUACAAACAAACAAACAAACAAGUAGGAACAAUCUCUCUCUUUUAUUUUAUCCUAAUCUCUCCAGGGUGACUUCUUCUUGCUCUGGGUGACCAAAAGGAUCUCAUUUUCCCUUUAGCUCUCAAAUUUCAUGUAGCUUUUGUUUUGGUUUCCUUGUUAUGAGCUAACUUUAUCUUUCUUGGUAUAGACAAAAGAUCUCAUCUUUUGUACUCUUUGAAUUGAGAGAGAUUCUAUAUUUACUCAGCUUUUCUCCUGUGAAGUGAUUUGGAAAGGUUCUUUUGAGUUAGGAACUUAAGGUGUUUGGUUUUAUCAUUGGGUGUAUAGAUGUCUUGGAUUUGAUCUAAUUAUUCAUGUCUUAUCGGUUUAGAUUCACUAGGACUUGAAUUUAGAUCUUUUUUUUAUAUGAUUUAUCUUGGCUCUCUAGUUAGAUUUUGGUGUUAGUUUAGUUUGUUCUAUCAUCUUAAGCUUGUGUGGAAAAGACAAAAAAAAUGGAGGAAGUUGAAGUUGCUAGCAAAUUAGCUGUAGAGAGCUGUCAUGGAGUUUUAAGUCUCUUGUCACAAAAACAAAGUAGUUGUGAUUCGGAUGCCCUCUUCGUUAAAACAAGUGAAGCAGUUUCCAAGUUCAAGAGAGUAUCCUCUCUUUUAACCAGAGGACCAGGUCAUGCAAAGUUUAGAAGAGUCAACAACAAGUUCAGGCCAUCUUUUCCUCAACAUAUCUUCUUGGAGAGCCCUAUCUCCUGUGGUAAUGAUGUCACUAGUGAUUACACUCAAGUUCUUGCACCAGAGCCUCUUCAGAUGGUUCCAGCUCCUGUUGCUUAUGAUGAGAUUGACGCAAGACACCAAUGGGGUCAUCCUUUAUUGACGCUUAGCAACAAAAUGUGUGUUGAGAAGUCGUUCCUGGAGUUAAAGCAGCCACCGCCUUUUCGAGCUCCUUAUCAGUUAAUCCACAACCACCAGCAAAUAGCUUACUCCAGGAGCAAUAGUGGUGUAAACCUGAAGUUUGAUGGAGGUGGUAGUAGUAGUUGCUAUACACCGAGUGUAUCUAACGGAUCAAGAUCGUUUGUUUCAUCUCUUAGUAUGGAUACUAGUGUGGUGGAUUACGAUAGGAACUCGUUCCAGUUAAGUGGAUUAUCACGUGGGUCUGACCAGAUAUCCAAGAAGAUGUGCUCUGGUAGUUUGAAAUGUGGAAGUAGAAGCAAAUGUCAUUGUUCCAAGAAAAGGUUUGUCAAUUUUCUUUGAGGCAAUGUGAUAUGUUGAAUGCUUUGUAAUGGUGUGCGUUUAUGUACAGGAAACUUAGGGUGAAACGAUC